GAGUCGGCGGAAAAAAAAAAAUAAAUAAAAAAAAAAAUAAAAUAAAAAAAAAAUAAUAAAAUAAAAUAAAAAUAAAUACACAAAAUUACAGAAUUACAAAAUUACCAACGCGCGAACGACUGAACUGCGAACCCCCCGCUUCGGAAGAACAACUCACCCGCAAAUUGGAGCAAACUCCCUCUUAGCAAACGCGAAAGUCAAAAAUGGCCAAAAGACCAGAUCCCAACGAGAUAAAAUAUGUCUACAUCCGACAGGUCGGAGGCGAAGUGGGAGCCUCUUCAGUGCUGUCCCCCAAGCUAGGUCCCCUUGGAUUGUCCCCCAAAAAAAUCGGUGAUGAUAUAGCGAAAGAAACGCAGUCAUGGAAGGGGCUAAAAAUUUGCGUAAAACUAACCAUACAAAAUAGGCAAGCGAAGAUAGAAGUGGUGCCAACGUCAGCCUCGCUGGUGCUAAAGGAAUUGAAUGAAGCUCCUAGGGAUAGGAAGAAAGUGAAAAAUAUUAAACACAAUGGAAAUUUAAAAAUUGAUCAAGUGUACUCUAUUGCAAGAAUUAUGAAGGAUAAAUCGAGGGCCAAAGAAUUCAAAGGGACUGUAAAAGAAAUUCUAGGCACUUGUAACUCCAUUGGUUGUACCGUCGAUGGGAAGAAGCCAACCACCGUCCAGGAGAUGAUUGACUCUGGGGAGAUCGACGUGCCAGACUGUUAAGUGGUUUAUGGGUUGCAUUGCCGCAAAAAAAAAAAGAAAUGUGGAGGGGGGGUUGAAAGCCUAUUGAAGUGAUAGGAGAGACCCCCUCCCUUAGUGCGCCCAUGUGCGCCAUGCUGACUUUGCCAUAGAAGAAGAGAAGAGGGAGCCCAAUCCGGCUAUGCAAAGCGGUACGGAAGCUGCAUCUACCGUGACUGCGUGCCAUCGGAAUGGGUCCAAAUGAGAGCCACUUGGGGAAGCGUUCCCCCCCGUCCCCACGCGCACAUUUUAUCAUCCAUUUUGAGGUAUGGGUGUACAAGUCUAUGCACGUUUUAUCUUUCCUUUUUUUUUUUUUAACCCAACACUUGCAACAGUUUUUAAUUCCAAGGAGAUAAGAAAAAAAAAAAAAAAGAAGCUCUUUUAACCUUUUAUAUUCAUAAAACGACAGUUUGUUCAUCCGCCCGUCCAGGCGGAGCGACU